UCGAAGAGGAGAGGAGGAGGAGGAGGAGGACGGCAGCAGCGACAGGACGGUGCUGAAAAACGUGAAAAAAAAUAAAAGAAAUAAGAAUACGACGUUUACUCGGCGAACGCCGSCCCCCCUUCCCCUUCCCCUUGUGCUGAGCGGACGUAGAGACCAUGUUUUACGCCCACUUUGUACUCAGCAAACGUGGGCCGCUGGCCAAAAUCUGGCUUGCGGCCCACUGGGACAAGAAGCUGACCAAGGCUCACGUGUUUGAGUGCAACCUGGAGAGCAGCGUGGAGAGCAUCAUCUCACCAAAGGUGAAGAUGGCUCUGCGGACGUCGGGUCACCUGCUGCUGGGGGUGGUGAGGAUCUACCACAGGAAGGCCAAGUACCUGCUGGCGGAUUGUAACGAGGCAUUCAUCAAGAUCAAGAUGGCUUUUCGACCAGGAGUGGUGGAUCUUCCAGAGGAGAACAGAGAAGCAGCCUACAACGCCAUCACUCUGCCGGAGGAGUUUCAUGACUUUGAUCAGCCGCUGCCUGACUUAGAUGACAUCGACGUGGCUCAGCAGUUCAACCUGAAUCAGAGCAGAGCAGAAGAAAUCACCAUGAGAGAGGAGGUGGGCAACCUCAACCUGCUGCAGGACAAUGACUUCGCGGACUUCGGGAUGGACGACCGGGAGAUGAUGCGGGACGAGAGCGCGUUUGAGGUUGACAUCAUGGGAUCGUCGACCUCCAACCUCCUGCUGGAGGCGGAGGGCGGYGCCAACCAGAUGGCCGACAAGUCCAACCACCUGGAGUACGACGACCAGUACAAGGACGACUUUGGAGACAACCCCAUGGAGAGCACCGAGGGAGGAAUGCUGGUGGACAAGCUGCUGAGCAACGAGGACGGAGGCGGCAUAUUCGACGACCCCCCUGCCAUCGCAGAGAGCGUGAUGAUGCCUCAGGACCACGGAGACGACGAGGACGACUUUGACGCUCUCUCGGCUGGAGCCCCAGAUAGUCCUGAUUCAGGCCCAACGGAGCCCCUGCCCGCCAUGACGGACCAGCAGGAACAAACGGCUCUGGUCCACAACGAGGAGGAGACCUUCGCCCUGGAGCCCAUUGACAUCACAGUGAAGGAGACCAAGGCCAAACGGAAAAGGAAGCUGAUUGUCGACAGCGUGAAGGAGCUGGACAGRAAAACCAUCCGCGCUCAGCUUUCCGACUACUCCGACAUCGUCACAACGCUGGAUUUGGCUCCGCCCACMAAGAAGCUGAUGAUGUGGAAGGAGACCGGAGGAGUGGAGAAGCUGUUCUCCCUCCCAGCUCAGCCUCUGUGGAACGCUCGGCUGCUGAAGAUGUUCACCAGGUGUUUGACCCCGCUGGUCCCCGACGAGCUGAGGAAGAGGAGGAAAGGCGGGGAGGCCGACAGUCUGGAUGAGUUCCUCAAGGAUCUGGAGAACCAGGAGGUGCCGAGAGAGGAAGCAGCGGGUCAGCAGCAGAGGGACAUCAUUG